UUGACAUCACCCUUUGUAUAUCUAUUAUCUAUUAUUAACAUUAACCUUAAAAAUUUCGUAAUUUUUUAUUAUUUUAAGUGUCUGUAACUAUAAUUGCUGAACAUAAUUAAGAAAAGAAAAUGAAAGAUAAAGUGAAGACAAGUAGUAAAGAAGAGAAUAAUUUGACAGAAGAGUCUGGAGACGAUGGAGAAGAUACUUCAAGUGUGGGGAGCACGUCUACCACCGACAACACAUCUAGAAGUGCUACUCCAACAAAUCGUUCGCGUAAAGGCAAAAAAAAAAAAAAGAAACUAAGUCAACUGAAAUAUUUAAAACCAAUAUACAAAUUUACUUGCAGCAUUAAAGAAGACCAUGGUCAGCCGUUAUUUGGAACGCAGUUUAAUCACCACUUAAAAGAAGGUCAACCGUUCAUUUUUGCAGCUGUUGGGAGUAAUCGCGUUACCAUAUAUGAAUGCCCUGAAGGACGUGGAAUUAAAUUAUUGCAAUGCUAUGCAGAUCCGGAUCUUGAUGAAAAUUAUUAUACUUGUGCUUGGUCUUAUGAUGAUACUGGCAAGCCUUUACUUGCUGUGGCUGGAUCUAGGGGAAUCAUAAGAAUUCUCAAUCCAACCACAAUGAGUUGUUUGAGACAUUAUAUUGGACAUGGGCAUGCAAUAAAUGAACUGAAAUUUCACCCAAAAGACCCUAACUUACUAUUAUCGGUAUCUAAAGAUCAUGCUUUGAGACUGUGGAACGUUAAGACCGAUGUAUGCAUUGCAAUUUUUGGUGGUGUAGAAGGUCACCGAGAUGAAGUGUUAAGUGCUGACUUUGAUUUACUAGGAAAUCGAAUUAUGUCAUGUGGUAUGGAUCAUUCUUUGAAAUUGUGGAAAUUGGACAAGGAAGAUAUGGUGGAAGCUUUUAAACAAUCCUAUAAUUGGCAAGCUAGUCGUAACACACGUCCCUUUGAUUCAUUAAAAGUCCACUUUCCUGACUUUUCAACUAGAGAUAUACAUAGAAAUUACGUUGACUGUGUGCGGUGGUUCGGCGACCUUAUUUUAAGCAAAUCUUGCGAAAACUGUAUUGUUUGUUGGAAACCGGGACGGUUGGAGGACGAAACCUUAAGACCUGGAGAUACCAGUUCAACCAUUAUACAUAGAUUUGAAUAUAAGGAAUGCGAAAUUUGGUUUGUUCGAUUUGCAAUGGAUUUUUGGCAAAAGUUUCUGUUACAGAUCCUUGCUUUAGGAAAUCAGGCAGGAAAAGUUUUCGUGUGGGACUUGGACGUUCCUGAUCCAUCUCAAGCACGUUGCUAUACUCUCCACCAUCCAAGAUGCACUGCUGCAAUAAGACAAGCGGGUCUUUCACGGGACGGGUCUAUUUUAUUGUGUGUGUGUGAUGAUGGGACCAUAUGGAGAUGGGACAGAAUUUAACUACUAAUUUCCGUAACAUUUUUUUUACAUAUCUUGCAAGUUUUAUACAAUAUUGAGCUUUUCAUCCUUUAUUACAAAGAAAAACUUAUUCAUUUAAAAAACUGACAUUUUAUUUCAAAAU